CUGGCCGGCCGCGCCGUCCGCUGAACCGCAGCCGCCUGGACGUGUCGGCGCCCUCCGGCGGCACGCUCCUCACCGUACAGUUCAAGAACGACCUGGCCAGGCAGCGCCGACAGCAGCUGCCGAUGGAGCUGGACGAUACGCUGGACGAAGACCCGCCAUCGCCUCCCCCGCCGCCGCCGCCGCCGCCUCCGCCGCGCAAUCGGACCGGCCUGGACCCGCGCAUCCAGCAGGAGAUCGCGGCCAUCCAGGCGCGCGGCCGCGCCCAGCACCAUCUGCCGGCCACGGCGCAAACGUCAGGUGUGGGAAACUUCCGUCCGGCGGCGGCUACCAGUUCGCGCACGCUGAACGACCGCUUCACGUCGGACAGGGUGAUCUACUCGUGAGCGCGGGCCCGCGCCGUUCGCGCAUGAGACGACACCGCUCUGCGACGCACUGGCUGCAGGGUGUGGACUGACUGGCCGCAGUGGCAGGCACGUGGGUCAAGUCGCUGUAGAGUGAGUUUGGUGGCCUAACGUUGUUCCGCUUGUGUUUCCUUAAUCGCGCCGCACCGGGUGCCGGAGGGUCGUUAUGCUGCGCCUGCGCCUGUCCUAGGACCUGUGAGACGGCUGCAAAAGGCGGUGGUUAGCUGGCGGUGCCAAGUCCACGACUUCGCCGAUCU